AUGGAAUUUGACUUUUUCUCUUUCGUAGCUCCAUCUAGAAUACAAUCGCUGACCCGCCCAUUUGGCAGAAUCAAACGGCAUCGCUUUCAUACUUUCCUGGAACUGUUGCGUCGCGUCAGUCAUAUUCAGUUAAGUGAUGUUCCUGUAGGCCGAGCGACGAAGAAAUCAAGCUCUUUCAAUCCUUUAGCUUUCCCUUUAGGGCGCAUUAUUUAUAACUUCACCACGACUCUAGAUGAUCAACAAUCCUUAUUAGAAGAAUAUGAGUAUUUCCGAAGAAUUUUUGUCUUCAUCGGCGUAGUUGACGGGUCUGAAGAACAGGACUUUUCACAUUUACAGUCGUCCUUAGAUGCUUGGCAGCGUCGUGUUCCUCAUGCUUCGGUAGCAAAGUGCCUUAUUUUUGACUGUCCUCCAGAAUCAGAAGCAAUACUUCAAGAUCCCCGAUUUUUGCUUGGUCCACGAAGCAAUUCGUCGGUAAACUCAAUCACGAGAUCGAUUCUUUGUGACAUUACAGCUGAAUUAUUAGAAGAAUUUAGUUCGUUGGAGUUUUCCCUUCACGCUAGGUCAGUAAUCUUAUCCCCUAUAACAGAAAUGCCACAUUUAGCUCCCUUACAGCGAACAAAUUCUUUCUCCUCUAUGCAUAGUCCUCGUUCCUCAACCACUACUCCAAUAAGCAGAACGACUUCCAUACCUUCUGUUCGCUCUGUCUCUUCUGUAACGGAACGUUCCAAAAGCCUUUCCAAAGGUCGAAUCGAGAAUCAGUUAGGGCAACUGUAUCUUUUGGCUGGGAGACUUCCUAAUGCCUUAAAACACUUUGCUAAUGCAAUUGCAAUCACAAAAUCUACAAGUGAUUAUCUUUGGCAAGGAUUAUCUCUAGAAUUGUUUACCGUGUGCUUGAUGUUAAUGGCUCAAUUACAUAUCGAUGUUCAAAUUCCUCAUAAUAUUAUUAGCAUGUUUCCGUCCUACGUCGAUCGUUUCAAUGAACAUGGGCCUUUGAAGCUAGACUUUUUGUUUAGCUUCAUAACCGAAACACGAAAUGCUAUUGACCAACUUUAUCACAAGUCCACCUUGCAACCUAAUGAUUCAAUUCCCGGACUUUGUUUUUCUGAAAGCAUCCUUCGAUUCUCCCAUCUUUUGACUAUAGUUUACAUAUGCAACGGUCUUACCGAUGUUGCUUUAAAUCAUAUAAUUUCUCAGUCUCCUUUACGCUCUUCGAAGUCUUAUUCUUCUUACAUUCCUAGUAAAGCAACUAUUUAUCUAUGGAUAAUUCGAGCGCGUGGACAGCAUUUAAACUCCCUUUCCAUCCGCGAAAACUGCCGUAUCUAUGGUGCUAUGGCAAAUAUGCUUGGUACAAUAGGCUUUCACCGCCAACGAUCUAAAAUGUUACGUGAAAUGCUGUACAACUUAACUCCGGCCAUUAUUGAAUCGAGAAAACAAAUUGCUUCAAAGAGUAGCACCCAUCCUGAGAAUGUUACCAUGCAUACUGCUUCUUCUCUAGAUAAUAUUCAAACUGGUAUCGAUAUCCUUCCUUUGAUUUUAGAGAUCUGCGAAGAAUUUAAUCUGUUACGGCUAGACGGUACAGUUUUGAACCCUGAAACAACCAAGUGGGGCUGGACAUCUCUCCAGUUUGAUGUUUUAAAUGAACUUAUUUCUUUCUGUGAAGCAUUGUCGGAUUACCAGACAAUACUCAAAUUAAUUUCUUUGUUUUUUAUGAUUUCACCAUCUUAUUCUACUUCUGCUCAGCAGAUUUUUUUAUACAAAACUUUCAGAAAGACUUGUUUAUUUGCUAGCAAUUUAGGCAUAUCGCUUCAAACCCCCUAUUGGGAUCCAUUUAUGAUUUCGGACAUGCAGUAUAGCGGGCAUCCGGAUUUCGAAGAGCCGAAGCUUAUUCAUUUGAAAGCGCCAAAAACGAAUUCCUCUCAGGGUAGAAGCCCUUUUAUUUAUAAUCCUUUUUUAAAAAAGAGUACCGACAUGCAAAAGACUAACAUCCUAGUAGCAGACGAGCUUGUAUUUUUUAACGUCUAUUUACGAAAUCCUUUUCACUUUUCUGUGGAUAUUCAAGAAAUUAACCUCAAUGCUGAAGGGGUUGAAGUUAAACAUUCGACGUGUGUGACUACCUUGCGACCAUUAACUACGGAAAUGAUCAGCUUAUCAAUAAUUCCUUUGAACGCAGGCACGCUAAACAUACGUGGGUGUAAUGUUAAAGUACUUGGGUGUGAAUCGUCGGUACAAUACUUUUAUAAUAAAGAGAAAGAAAAAGAUGCUUUGCAUAUUUCAUUGGAAAAAAUGAAACGCAACUUUGAUGAAAUGCGUCCCACUGAUGUAGCAAAACAUGAAUGGAACAGUAUACCCGAACUUUCUAUAGAUUUAAAAUCUUUGAAUUUUCAAGUCAUUGAGAAACAGCCGAAAUUGAUAGUUUCCUCAAAAAAAUUCUCGAUAAACAAUCUUAAUUUUGCCGAGUAUGAAACUGGCGAGCUGAUGUUUACCGUUGAGAACGUCUCUAAUACAAAGGCCACACAUGUUCGUAUAUCCUUCGAGGACAGCGCAUCUAAAGUGUACGAACAACUUAAGUCAGACAAAAAUAUUACGGCUGAUAUGUUGUUUGAGCUUCAGCACGAGGAGUACCAAAUGCCAACCUUCAGGGUUAAGAAUGAGCAACCCUUUGCUCUUGAGCCAGGUGAAAAAAGAAAAAUUCAUGUUAACGUUAUUGCAAAACCGAUAUCAGGGGAGGGUACCAUUAUCUUUGAGAGUAGUUGCCGAAACGAUGAUGAAUCGAUUUUUUAUGCCAGACACUUAAAGUUACCUGUUGCUUUGAAUCUGAGUAAAAGGAUAACUCUCAGUGAUUGGUCUGUGCUUCCGGACAUGCAGAAGGAUCCUAAUUAUUGUAUGCUCUUGCUGAACUUUUAUAACCAUCAUUCUGAGUCUCUGAAAGUCCUUUUAAAGAAAAAGGAAACAGAUGUAAUAGAAAGCAGAUUUGUGAAGCCUAAGGCUGACCACGUAUUCUUUCUACGACUAGCACGCUUCCGUAUCUCAGAGGAAGAGUUAAGUAACGACAUUCCUAAUCUUUCCUUUAAGCAGUUUGUUCUUUCAAGCGGAAUGAAAAAAAGUCUCGAAAACAUCACAGCCUUGAAGAGAAGAUUUUGGGUAAAACAGUGUCUUUUGGAAGAAAUACAGGCUUCCUGGGAAAGCGAUGAUCUAAAUCGACAUGGUCAAGUCUAUAUGAAGUAUCAUUCAUUAACAGAUGACAUGACCCGAUUACUAUUGCUGCCUUCCAUUCAAAUAUUACCGUCUUUAAAACAGAAUGGACAAACGACUUCUCAUGUUUUACCACGUAAGCCGUUUACGCUAGUAUUAUCGUUUGUCAGCCGUGAAGAAAACUUACGUUAUAAAUUAUCCUGGGUGUUACUGAGUCGUAGUUCAUUCACUACAAUAGAUAGACAAAAGGGAUUAAUUUUGGAUGGCCCUAACGAGGCAACAUUAUCAGAUUCAGAAAAGACAGGUACUUCCCUUGUUGCCGAAAGAAACUUUUUGGCGCUUACCCCUGGGAUUUACCAAAUUUAUAUAUCUGCAAAGUCAGAGAGCGAUGAUUCCCCUUUUUCUGAUUGCGACGUCAAUGAACCACUCGUGCUUCAUGCCGAAACCAGCUAA